CUCUCUCCCUCUCUCUCCAGAAGAGGGAAGAAGUGAUUGUUUGUACAAGUAAUUGUUGGUGGAGCAAGGUUUGACUGCUGUGACACCCCCCCCCCUCCCCCCACCCCACCUGGUGAGCGGUUGGAGGGUGUCCGUCCCUCUCUCAGGAAGUGGGAAGUGAUCGUUUGUACAAGUGAUUGUCUUCUUGGACAGGUGGGUGUUGGUGGAGCAGGGCUUGACUGUAUAUUUCUAUAGUAAUAUAUCCGACAGAAGGAAAAAACAAAACAACAACAAAUAAACCUACAAAUCUUUAUUAAUAUUGGACACGCUAGUUUUUGAUGUGAAACAAAACCAAAAAUCCAAAUGCGAGCUGAAAUAUUCCUGCUGUGAGGGAGCUAACACUCCCCCUCACGGAUUUGAGAGACUCCACUGAACCGUGAGCGGUUGGAGGGUGUCCCGUCCAUAUCGAACAUCCCGCCCUCCGUGAGCGGUUGGAGGGUGUCCCGUCCCCGUGAGCGGUUGGAGGGUGUCCCGUCCCCGUGAGCGGUUGGAGGGUGUCCCGUCCCCGUGAGCGGUUGGAGGGUGUCCCGUGGCCAUGGCGGCCUCCCCGAGUCGAGAGCUGGAGGAGUACUGGAACGAGUUCCACACCAUAGAGCAACAGCACGCGGACACUCACAGUGAUGAGGAUGAGCUGUCGAAGACACCGGACGAUGGCAAGGACCUGUCGGACGGGGAGCUGGACACCCUGACCCACUCGCUGACCCGCGCCCAGGCCGAGGCGGUGAGGAAGCGCAUCAACGUGCUCAGCACCACCAUGCGCCGCAAGAACCGGGUCCACAAGGUGCACGUCAAAGACAUCUUCCCCACGCAGCUCCACGGACACCAGCACCACAACCAGCACCACCACAGCGGAGGAGGAGGUGAUGGUGGUGGUGGUGGUGGGGGUGGCAGCGACGCCUCUGGACUGAUGAUCCGCGACGCCCCCUCCUCCCCCUCCCCCGUCCACCGUCAGAGCAGUGUGGGGAGUGGCGGGAAGUCGGGGUCGGAGCCCUGGUCGUCGGGGCUGUCUCAGAACAAGGGCGGCUACUCCAUGUCCGGGGGCAGUAGUGAGAUCACGGAGGAUGUGGAGGCUGGCAUUUGAGCCCAAACCCGACCCCCUGGGUGUGACCCUAAUUGGGGACCUGGCGGAGUGCGACAUGGACAAGAUCAAGUCCCUGGCACACAUCGAGCUGACCGCACUGUUUGACCACUACAGCAUCGUCUACUCGCGACCCAAGAGGAAGAAGAAGAUGAAGGACCAAGGGAUCUUCGGAGUUCCCCUAGACUUGCUAGUAGAGCGGGACCAGAAGAGAUCUCCAGGCACGGACAUUCCUCUGGUGUUUCAGGCUAUGGUGAACUUCCUGGAGAAGGAAGGUUUGACGACCGAGGGCAUCCUGCGUGUGUCCGGGGCUGACACAAGGGCUAAGCAACUGCGCCAGGACCUAGAGGAGAAGUUCUACCAGGGCCUGUUUGCCUGGGGGGAUGCGGGCCCUCAUGAUGUGGCAGUGGUGUUCAAACAGUUCCUGCGGGAACUUCCUGUCCCGCUGCUCUCCUACGACUACCUGGACGCCUUCCCACAAGUCAGCAGUAUCCCAAAGACCCUGGAGCAGCUGAAGGCUCUCAACUUGUUGAUCCUUCUCUUGACAGAUGAGCACAGGAACACACUCAAGAUUCCAACAACUUUCAUCGCACAAAUCCGACAUCAAUAUACCACAGAAGCUCACCGAAAAUCCAAGGAAAGAUUAUUAUCCCGACUGCCGUGGAAGAAGGACAAAGACAGGUCGGAUAUCUACAAGAAACCCCCGCCCAGCCCCGACCAGCCGGAGGUUCAGGACGGAGUGAUCCGAGUUCAAGCCCCGCACCUGACCAAGAGCUCGGCGCUUAUCCAGUUGGAGCCGGCCACGACCGCCGCUGAUGUGGUGGCGAAGUUCAAAGGUGGCGACGGUGUGCUGCACCGAGAUGACAGUACGAUAGGUGAGAUGGAGGAGACGAACGGCCACACCUUCCGUAACCCCAACAAUGCUCAGUACGCACAUGACUGUGACUACCUGUACGAGGUCGGAGGCAACAUUGCUGAGCGGUGUCUGGACCCCCGCACCAAGAUGAUGGACCUGUACCACGUGAACCCGCUGGCCGACUGGGUCAUACGCAAAAAGAAAGGGAGAUAAACCACAGUUGCUGUUUUUACCGUGUUUUGCUCAGGCGUGGGUGGGCUGGUUGGGACAUUUUCUUUUGGACUUCUGGGUUUUUUACAACUCGGAGGAAAAUGUAAUGGCUGCGUCAGGUGCUGUAAAACAUUGCCUGCGUCAGGUGCUGUAAAACAUUGCCUGCGUCAGGUGCUGUAAAAACAUUGCCUACGUCAGGUGCUGUAAAACAUUGCCUGCGUCAGGUGCUGUAAAACAUUGCCUGCGUUAGGUGCUCUAAACUAUUGCCUGCUUCAGGUGCUAAAAUUUAAUAUAUUUCCUGCGUCAGUGCUAUGAAAUAUCACCUAGGCCGGGCAUUAUAGAAUAAAUAAUGCCUUCACCAGGUGCUAUAGAAUCAUCCUUGCGUCAAGUUCUAUCGCCUGCGUUGCGUCUGAUAAGAUAAUACCUGCGUUGGGUGGUAUUACACCUGCGUUUUGUAUUAUUAAAUAACACCUUUGUCAGUGUGUUAUAAAAUUACUCUUGCCUCGGGUACUGUAGAAUAACGCCAACGUGGGAUGUUAAAAUACUGUCUGCGUUGGGUGUUUUAAAACCACGCGUGCGUUAGGAGGAGUGAUUUCCAUUCUCGUCAAACUCUUGAGUUGUUACACACUUGUGAACUGCGAUCUCUCUGGAUUACCUCGCUCCCACCUCGUGGAUUUCUGCCCAUCGCUGCCUGCUAAUCUAGCCCAGGAAGAAGAAAAACGGCGUCGAGCUCAAGGGAUGCGGUUUGAAUCCCCGUCUGAAUGUGACUCUGUGACUGUGAGAGAUGGAAAGACAGCGACUUGUGAGAUUGUGUUUUUCGAUUUUUCCAUAGAGAUGGGAGUGCUGUUUUCUCGGACACUGAAAUCCUCGGCUUCUUUGAUGAUCCGGCGUACAUGUCAUGUUACUAAAGAUAUAUUAUGUCUGUUAUUAUAUAUAAUAUACCCAAUGUUGACAUGGUUUAAAAAAUUUUUUUUUUUUAAGAUGUCGUCCAGUAAUAAACUUUCGAAAUCCAGGCAGAACCUUCAGAUGUUUCUUGUAGAAGGUUUCUGGAGGGUUUCCAAUUUUUCUGGCGUUAAUGUAGAAGGUUUCUGGAGGGUUUCCAAUUUUUCUGGCGUUAACCCUUUGAACCCGUUAGGCGGGUAAAUCGGCCUGGGCAAUAUUUUACUGUAUACCGUAAGGCCGGUUCACCGGGGCACGGACUUCCCUGAGUUGUGUAGUCUGUCGAAAGUACUCUCUUUAUUUCUUGUUUGUCAUCUUACAAUAUUUCCACCUUGGAAUAAGGUCAACAAGUCUUUUUGUGUAUGUGCCCCCAAAACACUGUGAACUUGGAUGAAAUUUAAUAAAAAUGUCCGGAAUA